AUGAUUAACAAGUCAAUGUUAAGUUUAUUUAUGGUAAUUGUUGAGAAUGCUAACAGUAACGAGUUUAUUAAUAAGGUCAUUCCAUUGACUAUUAUGGAGUAUGAAAAUGUCAAAUUUAGUGAGACACUUGAAUUAUCUCAGGUAAUUUUGUUGAAAUCUAAUGAAGAAAUGUAUAUCCAGAGGUUUAUGUUAAUUUUAAAUAACGUAAUAGUUCCAUCUAUUGAUUUAGUAAAUGAUGGUGAUAAAAAUCCUGAUGUUGCCAUUGCAUAUUUGAACCUUAUUAAGACGAUACUUGAAGACGAAACAGGUGUUAAGUUUCAAACCAACUUUCAUUUACUGAUGAGUAAUGCUAAGUAUCCAUCUAUAAUAACAUCAGUGUUGACAACUAUGGGAUGUAUGAAAGAAAUUAGUGAUAAUUCUUUAAUUCUUUUGAAACUAAUAUUUAAUCAGUGUUAUAAAGCAGGUAUCUAUCAAUUCUUUAUCACCUACACCAUUACAACUAUUGAAAAUAUACUUGGAAUUCUUUUUGACAAAGAUACUAGACAGAAUAAGAUGUUACAAAUAGACUUACUUUAUGAUUUGAUAAACAUCAGUAACAAUAUUCCACUUCUACAAUCUGACAAGACUAACCAGAUUUAUAUUAUUAAUUAUCUUGAUGAUUUGUUUAAGGAGGCUUUUAAUAACGUUACAUCAAAUAGUAAAGAAAUCUUCUACCGAGGGUUGUUUGGUAUAAAAAACAAAGAGUUAUUUGCUGAUCAUGUUAAAGAUUUUAUUGUGAAGGUACAUGAAUAUGGUAGCGAUGAUGAAUUAAAUGAAGAAAUGCAAUUACUUAAUGAGAGAAUGGAUAAAUAA